UUGCUCAAGCUCAUCUCCAAAAGUAGUGCAUCUUAGCUAGGUCAAAGUGAUGGAGAGCGGCAAGGCCAUUCAAGCUUUGAUGGGUUUGGCUGUGGUGCUGGUGCUGAGUGCUGGAAAUUGUGGGGUGGAGGCACAAGCACAGCCUCAAGUCCCGUGUUUCUUCAUACUUGGGGAUUCGCUGCUGGACAAUGGCAACAACAACGGGCUCGCGGCUUCAUUGGCGAAGGCCAAUUAUAGGCCUUAUGGGAUCGACUUCUCUGCUGGCCCGACCGGGAGGUUCUCCAACGGGAAAACCGCCGGCGAUGUGAUCUCUCAGCUUUUGGGCUUCAGCAACUACAUCCCUCCAUACGCGACGACCAGGGGCAAUGCCCUUCUCAAAGGAGUGAACUACGCAUCUGCAGCUGCAGGAAUCAGAGAAGAAACCGGACGUCAACUGGGAGGUAGGAUUACCUUCUCGAGGCAGGUGCAGAACUACCAAAGCACGGUGUCGCAGCUGGUAAGCAUCCUCGGAGGCAACAGCACGGCGGCAGAUUAUCUGAGCAAAUGCAUAUUCGUGGUGGGCAUGGGAAGCAACGACUACCUCAACAACUACUACAUGCCCCAGUUCUACACGAGCAGCCAGCAGUACUCGCCGGAGCAGUGGGCCGACAUCCUCAUUCAACAGUAUGUCCAACAGCUAAGGAUUAUGUACAACAACGGCGCAAGAAAGGUGGCUCUGAUUGGGCUAGGCCAGAUUGGCUGCAGCCCGAGCGAGCUGGCUCGGAACGGUUCAGAUAAUUCGACCUGCGUUCAGAAAAUCAACGACGCCUGCCAGAUAUUCAAUAACAAGCUCAAGCCCGUCGUCGAUGACUUCAACAAGAACUACGCAAACGCGAAGUUCACCUACAUCAACACUUACAAUAUCUUCCAAGACUUGCUCACCAAGCCCUCCUCUUUCGGCUUUAGGGUCAUCAAUUCCGGGUGCUGUGGAGUAGGCAGGAACAAUGGCCAGAUCACAUGCCUCCCUCUCCAGAAUCCGUGCCCAAAUAGAAAGGAAUACCUCUUCUGGGAUGCUUUCCACCCGACCGAGGCUGCAAACACCGUCGUCGGGCAGAGAUCCUACAUGGCCCAGUCCAGCGCUGACGCUUACCCCUCUGACAUCCGCCGCCUCGCGACGCUCUGAAAAUCCCGAAUAUAUUCAUCAGUUCCAUAUGCAUUUUGAAGGCGGUUUCAAAUUAAUUCUAAUUUAGCUGAAAUGGUUGUCGAGGUUUUAUUCUUGAACUUCUUUUUCUUUACCGGCAUAAUCGAUAAUUGCAACGAUAAAGAAGGCGAAUUUCCCUUUGCAUGUCGUUUUAUUGAAUGUAAUGUGUUUCAAGAGUGAAAAUGUAUGGGGUGAUGCAAUUAAGUUACGGUACUUGCUUACUUUGCUCACAAUUUGAUUCUGUAAUUUGAUGCACUUAAUG